CCAUAGUCUGAUCCCCGUAACCUCUCCAACCGUACGAUUACCCUUUGGCCAAAUGGCACCCACCAUCCUCUUCGUCCCGGGUUUCUGGGAGGGGCCCAAAGUGUUCACCCCCGUAUGCGAUCUCCUGCAGGGUGAAGGAUUCAAGACGGAAGACUGCACACUACCCAGCACAGGCACCACCUCGCCCGGAAACCCGGCUAUGGCCGACGAUAUAGCCGCCGUGCGCGACCACCUGGCGAGCAUCGUGCACCGCGGAGAAGAGGUCAUUCUCGUAUUGCAUUCGGCCGGUGGGUUUUUAGGUAGCGCUGCCAUGGAAGGCCUGAGCAAGUCGGCUGUCGGACAAGGGGGAGUCGUUAAGAUUGUCUUCUUGGCUGCGGCGGUUUUCCCGGAAGGUCAUGAACACGAGGAUUUGCCAUUUGCUGUUGCUGAGGGGGGUGCGAUGUACUGCGUCAAUCCCGAGGUGCUUCUUCUCAACGAUGUUCCUGAGCCAGAGAAGACGAAGUGGUUGGCCAUGCUUGAUCCCCAGCCGGCUGAUGGUUGGAAUGGCAGGGUACCCUACGCUGGGUGGAAGGAUGUGCCCAGCGUGUACCUUGUCUGUGAGGGUGAUAAUGCUCUUCCAGCGGGCCUCCAAGAGCAACUAGCUAACCUGGCGGGGAGCCAGAUUGAGCGGUGCAGUGCUGGCCACAUGCCUCAGCUCAGUCAGCCAUCGCGGGUGGCAGAGAUUAUACGUGCUGCUGCGGCAUCUCUUUGAUGAGAGCGAGAAAUAGAACGUGAGUGUGAUGUUGCACACGAUAUGUCGAGCAAGGUUGAGGUGAUGAGGCACUGUAUAUCUGAGGCGCAAAAUGACGUGAAAAUAGAAGUACAUGGUAUAUAAUGUGAACAUUGACAAGC